GUCCAUGGAAACACAGCAAACAAACGAGACAGAUGUACACGAGAUGAGAGUGAAAUUCCAUAGACGUAGGCGAGGAAAACAGGUGUCUACAAAAUGAUGAAAGCUGCCAAUGUUGUAAUUUUGUAUUUAUAAAACUGUGCAAAAUGCCUAUAAUUAAAUUUCCAGUUGUCCAUAAUUUGGGUAUAAUUUCCCAAACACACAAAGAGGAUUUGCAAAAAAGACUUUUCAAAAAAGCUCAGGAAAUAACAAUCACAACCAAUUCAAAGGCUACCAGAAACCCAUUUGAAAUAACAGAGGAGUUUAUCAGAAAGUACAACAAUUCCCAUGGCUCUGAGGAACAAGAAAAGUAUAAUGAGCUGGCACGACAACUACUUAGCCGAAGCAAGCGCAGAGCUGGACUGAAAUGCAUGGGUGAGGGCUACCACGUUCAGCUUCCUCUGGCAUGGGCAGAGAUGCUGUUGCUUGGUUUGUGCCAUGGUAAAAUUCAAAAUGAUUCCCUGGAUUCCCUUCUGAUGUCACUGGACCAUGCUCCAGUGCAUGCAGAACAGAUUCCCGCCCUCUUUUACCUGGGAGAGUCAGUCUUGUACUGGGUCUGUACUGAUACGUCCCAGAAGCCCAAUUUGUACACCUGCGAAGUGAAGAUAUUGAAGCUGGGAUAUUUGGUCUUCUUGAGACUAUUUCUCUUUCACAUCUCUGGAAACCUGAGUGGAUACCAAAGAAGCAAAUCCCAUCUUCACGUUUUUUUAAAAGCUCUGUCUCAGUGUGAGCCAUGCUACCAACCGUAUCCAAACAUCUUGCUCUCAGUGCACUUCAUGUUACGUUCAGGGGAGAUCAUUUGUGGACUGGAACCUUUUGAAGAUGAUUCAGCAUCAGCUCAGGCAGACUGUCAGGAGUAUGACAUGAACCAGGUGCUCUGGCAUUGUCUUCUCAGUUGGUACUGCGUACAAAACAAUGUCCGCCAGCUCUCCCAAGUGGCACAGCACCUCAUCAUGCUGAGAGAGGAGCUGCAGAAAGACAACUGGGUGGACUGUGCUUUGGGAUUAAUGGUUCUGGGUGAGGCUGCAAAGUCCAGCUUGUUGUGCCUUCAGAUGUUGAUGAGUCUCCACAUCAACCCAAAGACAGAGCAGGAUGGGAUUAUAGAAGAAAACGAAGGUAUGUCUCAGAGUGGUUGCUGGCCAUGGCAGUUGGAACACAUCUAUACCACUGUGUUAGCAGACAUAUGCCAGCAUAGCAGCAAUGCAGAGAUACAGAAAACAGCUCUGCUGGGCAGUCAAACCCCUCCAGGAUAUCACAAUACUGAUGGACUGCUUAAACUUCUGAACCACUCUGGCGCCGAGGCCUGGCAGCUGCGCUACAGUGCUGUUCAGGCUUUGGUGUGCGUAUGCCGAGGGCUCAGCGGAGCUGUGUUGCAGGAGGGGCUGAGGAAUGUGGCCUGGAUCACUCUGCAGGAACACCUGUGCCAAGAGACUGACCAGAGAGUCGGAGAUGCCGCCCGGGUUAUAGAGGCUGAAACGAAUGUUUCAGAGAGCAGUCUUCUCAGUGAGGGAGGGAAGCCAUCAUCAUCUACCUCUGCUUCUAGCGUACCUGCUUGUCUACCUGGCCAACUGAUCACUUGGAGGUUAGCAUGUACCCUCUCUCAGCUCUACCUUCCCCCCACGCCUCUCCAGCUCACCCCCCACACCAAGGCCAAGAAGGAACCACCACCUCCCUCCAACAGACCUAGGCUGGAAGCCUGUCCUCCACUGCCUAAAGAAACAGUCCCUGGCCCUGCCAGUAAGACGCAGCAUCCAACCAGACAUCCAGAGGAAUAUCACAGUGCCCCGGGAAAAAGUAAGAAACAUCAAACUUACAUGGACUUCAAUGCACGUACAGAUGUUGACUUGAUGAGAGUUGUGGAGGACCAGUGGCAAAAAGAACUACAGAUCAAAAUGGCAGAGGAGGAAGAUGCUGAACAAAAUGAAUUAGAGAAAGUACAAAAGGAAAAAGAGGAACAAUUCAAAGAGAUUAUGAGGAGGCGGGUGGAGAAAGUCAAGAAGGACACCAAACCAUAUGAGCUGCCUGAAUAUCAACAAACGGGAGGUCAAAUCUGAAUCUGAAAGAGACAUACAUGACUUGUGCCAUGCUCUUUGUUAUAAUACUGAUCCAAAAACAUUUUUACCAUGGUGAUUGCAUCUAGCAUUAUUUUGGGAGGGAAUAGUGUCUUGCAUACAACAAGUGCAAAAUUGUUUUAUGCACUUUAUUUCAUUUAAUUGGCCAACGUAACUUGGGUUUCAUCCUUUUUUAAUCUCACAUUAUAUUUACAGAAAGAUAGAAAAAAAAA